AUGGCAACCAGACUGGUGGUGUCGCCUCGGUUUCUGUCUCUGCGUCUGCUUCUACUCUUUAUGGCAAUAAUGGUUAAUAUGAUACCCGCAAUUCAGCAGCAGCAGCAGCAGCAACAGUCUGAUUUAAACAAUCAAUCCGGGAAGAAGAACACUGAGGAGACCCUCUUUCGGCUAAAACGACAGAUUUCAAAGCGCCAAUUCACUGUUGGCGCAGUCUUCGAGACCACUGCUCGUGGUAGCUCAGAAUAUCAGGCCUUUAUGAACUUCCCCAGUUCUGCGUCACUCCUUUGGCAAAAUUUUCGUAUAAAGCAGCGCAUCGUCCACGUUGAAGACCUAAAAAACAGCUUUCAAGUAGCCAGCGCCAGUAAGUUCACGUUCAAUGAUUAA